GUUCCCAAGGUUGCCAAUAUGAGCGUUCUAUCGCUUUACAGUUAUUCGCGCCAUUGCAUUUAUUCGCACGUCUAUUUUAAUAUUUCUUAUUGAAUAAUUUCAUUACUACUUUUUUAUUUCAAAUAUGUCUGUGCUGGAAGACGAAUACAUCGACUAUCUGAACGAGAGGGGAAUUCUGCCCAGGCUACUGGAUAUUUUGAAGCAACUAGUGAAUAUUGAGCCUCCGCCAGCGGACCCCCUGAUGUACAUUAUGCAUGUUCUGGGAUGCCCCCUGAUUCCCCAGGCACAAAUGAAAGCGUUGGAAAGGAAGGUUUCACGCGCUCAUGACGAAUUGCGGUAUUUGAGGCGUCUGCUAAUCGACUUGGAUGGAAUCGAUCAUCUUUACGACUCCGAAAGCGACCUGGAGGAAUAUGUCGGCGAUGUGCAAAACACCGGCGGCUCGCAAAGUUCUUUGUCCUUUGAAUCUAGACCACCACACACCCCAAUUAAUCAGGCACCGUAUAUGGUAGAGGCUUCAGUGGUUAUGGCCCCCCUUUCCAACGCCAAGGAGUCUUCGCAGGGAUCCUCUUCGGGAUCAUUUAAGGAUCACCCUAUGCGCCAUACGCGCAAUUAAUAUAUAUAUGCAUCUUAUAUACAUACAUGCAAUGCUGGUCGCUUUUAUGUACUGCGUACAUAUUUUAUUCUCAACUGCAUGCAAGUAGUUUUUCUUCAAUUUUGUUAACCAACGCAUCUUGAGAUCAUCAUUAUAUCAACUUAUACUAUUUUUCUAAAAAAAACGCUGGGACGAUUUCUUUUACAUAUAGAUGUAUAAUUUUUGGGGCUAAAUAGCAAAUAAAUUUGUUAAAAACAA